AGGGUCACAUGAAAGAGUUUGAGGGGGCAGAGGGACUAGCAUUGGCAAGGAACUUACAUGGUCACAAGGGAUUUUAGGACCAGUCUGAGAUUCAUUAAAAACAUUUUAAUUAUUUACGAAGGAUUAAGUUUUGGGAGUUAAUAAUUGGUGAGUUUGCUGGAGGUCAGUGGCAUGUAUUGCUCUGUCUCUCAGUAUGAAAUAGGACAUUCGUUCAGGUCAGCUAAUGAGGAAUACGACAAAUCCUGAACGUUCAGGAUCCCAAGAUACAGCAGCAAAGCGUCCACCAUCUGGAAUCUGAUAUGAUGCUCAAGAAGGUCCGGUUUCAGGAUCCUCAUGUCCCGGAGCGAGUAAGUGAAAACACGCUGGUCAUGGAUAGUUUGAACCAAAACUUUACCAUUGGACAUCAGUCUCAUCAAGUGCUCCAGAGCACUCCACUGGAUUUGAUUGAGACUGGGAAAGCCCUGAAGGUCCAAGCAGAGCGCCCCCACUUGGUUAGUCUGGGAAGUGGCCGUCUCAGUACAGCCAUCACCCUCUUACCCCUGCCUGAAGGCAAGACCACUCUGGGUCAUGGAGGCAUGGACAUCAACAUCCAGGGCCCAGGGAUCUCAGCUCAGCACUGCUUUAUCGAAAACCAGGCAGGACUCAUCACGCUGCACCCCUGUGGAAACCAGUGUAGCAUGGACGGACUGCCGGUCACCAAACCUGUGCGCCUGUCUCAAGGCUGUAUGCUGUGUUUCGGCCAAUCCACCUUCUUCCGUUUCAACCACCCCGAGGAGGCUUUCCGAAUGAAAAGCAUGAUGCCUGAGGGAGGACAGACAGCUAGUUUGAAAAACCGGGCCCACACAGAUUCCGGGAACCUUGUCAAUGGGAACCACUCGUCAAGUGUGCCGAAAUCUCACUUGGUCUCCAACGAGAGAGUGCGCCCUGAGCACAGUGCCAUCGUCAGUUCCAUUGAGAAGGACCUUCAGGACAUUAUGGACUCAUUAGUCAUGGAUGACCCUCAGCCCUCUUCCUCAAAGAAGCCCUCUGGUCAGCCCAUCUCCCAGUCUCCCUUGUCCCCCAUGUUAAAUGGAGGGGGGCGCUUCCUUCUCUCACCCCCAACGAGCCCUGGUGCUAUGUCUGUGGGCUCCAGCUAUGAGAAUACCUCCCCUCUCUCUCCUCUCUCUCCUCUCUCAUCCCCAUCAGCUGCCAGCAGUGGCAGCUACAACAGUCCAUCUCCGAGUGGUUGUCAGGACCAGCUUCACACACUUCCUCCUGUACCAAUGAGGUCUUCUAGUUACAAUUUCACCAGCCAGCCACCCAUACCUCAGCCACGGACCAUACUGCCAAGCUAUUCUGGUGGGAACAGUGAGUCAAAGGUGUGUGAGAGUCCCAGACUCCAGCGAAAGGCUCUUUUAGAAGCACCGCCAAGCCCAAAGCCAAGUCGUAGGGGGUUGAACCAAGACAGCUCGGUGGCUAAAACCCCAGACAGCCCCAUACAGACUCACAGUCUGCCUGCAGUCUCAAUCUCUACUGCUCCGACUGAUUACCCAUCUGUCAGCCGGGUUCUAGUUCCAGGCAGUCCCAGACUGACCCCCAAAUUCUUCACUGCAUCCCCAUUCUCCUCACCUUCUAGCCCUAGAAACAAAACUGCCAUUGUUCUGCAGGAUCGGUCAUCAAGUCCUCAGCCUCAGCCAGAUCGCUCCUUGACCUCUAGCCCUUCUAACCAACUCUCCCCACCCUCACGAUCUUUCCAGCCCCCUUUGGACCCCAUUGUCCACAUCAUUCAGGGUGGACCUCCACAGCCACAUCCUCGCACAUUGCAGCCUCCAGAAAGUCCGCGGCUGGCCCGCAGGAACCUUGAAGGGAGUAGCAUGAGGGAGCUUCCCCCUCUAAGCCCCUCCAUAGCUCGCAGGGGGGUUCCUGUGCUCCCCGGAGCUCUACCAGGAACCCUGCGGACUCCAGAGAGUCCAUCCCCAAGAAUGGUGCCAGAAAGUCCCAGACUCAGGCGGAAAGCAGGGUCUCCUACAGAAGAACCAUUCAGCCCUCGUGGGAUACGUGCUCGUAGUCCUUCACCUACUUCUGGACUGAUGGGGGAAGGCAGUGGAUGGAAGGAUAGUUUUGGGAACUCGCUCUCUUCUGCCUUUAGCCUGGGUUCUCUGCCUGGGUCAUCGCCCCGAUCCAGUCCCAGGAGCCACAGAAAGAUGUCAGCAGGCCACAGGGACCUCCGGAUGCCUCACCCUGGUAUGAGGGAGCGCAAAAAUAGCAUCUCAGAGAUCAGCGACAACGAGGAUGACCUUCUGGAGUACCACAGGCGCCAAAGAGAAGAACGACUCAGAGAGCAAGAAAUGGAGAGGCUGGAACGGCAGCGGCUGGAAACAAUCUUGAACCUCUGCGCCGAGUAUAACAAGGGUGACGGGCCGGCGGGAGAUCUGGGGCUUGGCUCAAGGGACCAGCUUAAUGUCAGACAUCCUUCUUUGGACAGUGUGAGCAGUGCUUCCCUAAGGGUGACGCAGAGACAUCGUGGAAGCCGAGAGGAGAGCCUGAAGGAGGACAGCAAUAGCACUGAGAGUGCACAGCAGGACCGACGGACCCCACCAGCUCUGCUAAAUGGACAAAAUGGACAGGCAGAGGACUCUCUGGGAUCGGGCAGCAUUGGCCGUCUGGAACUGGGAUACCUGGAGGAGGAGCGGGUUCGAGUGCUGGCAAAGGUAGAUGAGCUCAAAGCUCGAAUCACAGAACUGGAGCAGCAACUUCAAGAGUCCAAACAGGAGGCGGAAAUGGAAAGAGCUCUUCUGCAGGGAGAGAGACAGGCCGAGCUGGAGCACAUUGAGGCUGAGACAGAGAUUAUCAACCAGCUACAGCGCAAACUCAGUGAACUGGAGAGCACCAUUCAGAGAGAGAAAGACAAGGCAUGCUAUUCUGCUGGAUGGCCACUCAAGGUCCAUUCUGGUCUCAAUUGCCAUCCCCAGGAGAGGGCUAAUGUUGACGCAGAGCGGGAAGCCCUGGAAAGGCUUCAGGAUGAGUACAAUGAGUUGACGAGCCAGCUUCAUAACUGCCCUGAGUCUCUGAGGGAGCAGUUACAGGAACAACUCAAGAGGGAAGCUGAGACCCUUGAGGCUGCGACUAAGCAGUUUGAGGACCUGGAGUUCCAGCAGUUAGAGAAGGAGAGCAGUCUAGAAGAGGAGCGCGAGACCAUCAGCCAGCAGCUGCUGCAGGACAGAGCUCAGUACCACAGCAGCAUCACCAAAAGAAAGGAAAAAGUUGCAUCAUUGGAAAGCCAGGCCAGUCAGCUGGGAAUACAGGCCACUCAGGAGUGUGAGAGACUGGCUAAGGACAGAAGUUUGACCUUGCAACUGCUACAGAAGGAAAAGGAAAGGCUGGCCAGCCUGGAGAGAAGAUACCAGAGCUUAACUGGUGGAAAAACGUUCCCCAAAAGCUCCAACACUAUAAAAGAGGAUAUGCUUCACAUCAGCGAGGCUGACCUAUUAGACAGUGACCAUCCCAACUCCUCCCCCUUUCAUGCUUCCUCAUUCCACUCAUAUCCCAUGGUGCCUCAGGAGGAGUACUUGAAGCUAUCGGAUGUUUAUAAGAUGUAUGGGAGUGAUUGCCAUGACAUCCAGCUCACCAACGCUUCCUCACACGGCCUCUCGCUUGCCCUUGACCCAGCUGUAACUGCCCCCCGUGAGGAGUAUGUGACCGUCGGCCAAUUACACCAGAUCUAUGGGAUGCCGAAGGUGGAGUCUUCCCCUACCUCACCCAUCCAAUUACUUCAGUCUUCUCUCGCAGACUCCGCCUUCUCCUACCUCCCCUCCCCUCACGGCUCCUCCCUCUCUCUCUCCUUCGAGCGUCAGUCGGACUGGGGCAGGCCUCAGAUGCCCGCUCUAAAUUUAGAGCACUGGUACCCUCCUCUUCCCCUCUUGGCUAAAGCUUUCUCAUCACGCAAACCUGUGCAGGUGUACCGCUCUCGACUGGACAGUGAUACCAGCCAAUCAUCACUGAGACCAAAAAUCAGCACUGGUCUGUCCCCCACAUACACUACGGCUACACUGGGACGCAACACUCCCACCAGGAGUCCUCUGAUGGUAGCCAACAGCACCGGGAGUCUCCCACGCAACCUGGCAGCCACCCUUCAGGACAUUGAGACCAAAAGGCAGCUGGCUCUUCAGCAAAAAGAAUUCUUGCCCUCCAUGUUUGAGUCAUCCUCCAGUACGGACAGUCCCACAGGCCAGCAAGUGAUUGAGGAGCAGCGGAGACGUUUGGCCGAGCUGAAGCAGAAAGCUGCAGUAGAGGCUCAGUGCCAGUGGGAGGCGCUCCAUGGCUCUCAAACGCAGAUCAACAGUCCCUUUUGUUCAACCUCGGGGCCAGUCGUGCAUCACUCCAUCCUGCACCACACGGCGCCCUCUUCUGGGGAACAGCCUUAUGACACCCUCAGCCUGGAGAGCUCGGACAGCAUGGACACAAGCAUCUCCACCGGAAACAACUCGGCCUGCUCUCCUGACAACAUGUCCAGGUUCAACAUUUCCAUUGCCAGUUGUAUGGAUGCGUUGAAGAUCGAGGAGAUGGAGAAGAUGUUAAAAGAGGCACAACUGGAGAAAGCUCGACUCAUAGAGUCCAGAGAACGAGAGACUCAUACCCGUAAACUCAUGCUAGAGGAGGAGAGAAGAAGAAGAGAGGAGGCGGAGAAGAGACUGAAGGAGGAGACGAUACAUAGAGAGCAGCUGAUAGAGAAGGAGGUGAAGAUGAGGGCCAAAAACUUCUCUCAGGCCCGUCCGAUGACCCGAUACCUUCCCAUUCGCAAAGAGGAGUUUGACCUCCGUUCCCACAUCGAGUCCUCAGGUCACAGCGUGGAUACGUGCUACCACGUGAUUCUCACCGAAAAGAUGUGCAAGGGCUAUCUUGUCAAGAUGGGAGGAAAGAUCAAAUCCUGGAAGAAGCGCUGGUUCGUCUUUGAUCGCCUUAAAAGGACGUUUUCCUACUACGCCGAUAAGCAUGAGAGCAAAUUGAAGGGUGUCAUCUACUUCCAGGCUAUCGAGGAGGUUUACUACGAUCACCUGCGCAGUGCCACAAAGAGCCCCAACCCCUCCCUGACCUUCUGCGUGAAGACCCACGACAGACUGUAUUACAUGGUGGCCCCGUCCGCAGAGGCCAUGAGGAUGUGGAUGGAUGUAAUAGUGACAGGAGCCGAGGGCUACACGCAGUUCAUAAACUGAGACAGAACCCACUGCUGCUCGCUGACCAACGCGUCAAUACGGAAACCAUUCGGCAGGGAGACAUCAAAUGACCCAGACCUGUUAUUCCCAACGAGAGGAAAAACUUGAUUUUGUUACUUCCUUUUUUUUCUUCUUCUUCUCGUGUUUCCUGAAGAUGUUAUAUAUUCACUCAGAUGCACAGACAGAUAUCCACCAGAGGCUUUCCACAUCUGAUUGAAAAAGGGAGAAGACGAAAAGCCCCGGUGAACCAAACCUGCAGGUGGUGGCUCACUCACCUUAGAAGAAAAUGCCUUUUUGCCGUCAGAGAUAUUUUUCAGUUGCAGUUCGGUUUAUUUUGUCUCGAUGUGGAGAAACGUGACUUUCAAUGGUAAAGUUUGUCCCACGAUUUGUAAAAAUGCCAAAUGCCAUCAAGCCAUUCUGGAAUAGUAUUGUGCUAAAUACUUGAUGGGAUUGACUGACACGAAAUGACUAGAGAAUAUAAAUGAACUACAUUACAUUUAAAUGAUGAUUUAAAUUAAAUGGAGCAUUACACUCGCAUUUAAAGGUCACAGAAACAAAGACUUAAUUCACCAAAGCUCACCUACCAGCUCAGGAGUCUAUAUUUAUUGUAGAGGUACAUCAGCGACUCCUGUCCAACUUUAUCCCACUGUGUCUCUGUGUUCCCAGCUCAUUCUUUUAGAUGCAGAACCACAAAUGCAUGCACACACACACACACACACACACUAUUUGCCAAGUCCUGACAACUUGAUCUUGUGAUUUGGCUCCCUAGGGAGGCAGCCAUCACCUAUCACUGCCAGCCUACGAGAGUUUGGAAUAGUUGCCACAAACAGGAGAAAAAGAAACAACAUCAUAAUCAUGCAGUGCCUUGAUAAUGACCCAUAUUUGUCACUUUUAGCAUCUCAAUUGUUACACUAGUGAAAAAUAGCUGGAAUAGUAGUCUUAAGGUGCGGCCACAUUAAUGAAAUUUUGAGAUUUAAAAAAAAGUUGAUUGUCAGUUCUACACAGCUCACACAGAAGUCACGUUCAAAACAAGCAAGUUUUCUUGGUUUAUGUUGGUCAUUGCAGUGAAUGUGAUUGUUUAUCAUUUUAUUUGAUCGUUCUGUUUUGGAAAAUCUUUUGUCAUCAUCGAAAUUCCAGAUUGCAUGGAUGCCUAUUGAGAUUCACCUUGAUUUCACCUGCGAAAAUUCACAAAACAACAGCAAAUUUGUGCAAAUUUUGUGAAAAUUACACAGGCAAAAAAAAAAAUACAUUUAAAUGUCUAUUAUCAAUAGUGUAGCAGUGUUGGUCAUCACAGUGAAUUCACUUGGCCAAGAUUCGAAAUCUGGAUUGGGAAGCCUCUCACCGUCAUGCGAAUUAAAAUCCCAAUUUUAAUCCCAAUUAAAAUUUGCCUUGAUUUCGCAUGCGAAAAUUCACUGACCAACAGUCAAUUAUUAAAAGGUUUGUGAAAAUUUCUAGGCUGUCAAUAGUGUAGUGACAUAUGAAGUACAGUUCACACAGAAGUCAUUUUCAAACCAGAUAGCUUUAUGUUUGUUGAAUUCGUGUGACCAUCUGAACCCGUGGCGAAAUCUGAAUGAGAAAUCGUUCAGUUACGCAACGUUCCCAAAUACAUGGAUGCUUAUUGAAAUGACUGGAUUAUUACAGCAGAUUUAUGUUGGCUGAACUCCCAAGACCUUGUGAACCUGUUGCGAAAUCUGGGCAGGGUAAUCUUUCAUCAUCACACAAAAUUUCAGAACAUGUGGAUUCAUAUCGAAAUGACUGGAUUUCGCCUUAAAAAAUUCACAGAGGAACAAUAAAUGUGACCGCACCUUUAUUCCAUGAUACAUAGUGGGUUUUACUGUUUGAAGAGAUUGUGAACAAACACGUACAGUAAUAAAAAAUAAAAAGUGACCUAUUUAAAUCAGUCCGAUACUGCUUCAAUACAAUUUAAGAAGCUAUUUAAAGCGUUUAGUAGCUGUUCAAGUAUUAUUGAUGUUUUGCAGGCCUUUGGAGAACAUAAAAUGUUUAUUUAUGGUUAGCGAUUUUACAGCUACAACACUGUUAAAAAUGACCAACGUGUUCUACUUUCUCCCAAACCAAACUGUAUGUUCAAAUGCAAUCUACAGAGAAUUGAAAUCAACAUGAAUAAGUGGUCUUCAUUAUGCGUGUAAGAUGUCUCGAGUACUACCACAGAACUAGGUGAAAACGGUGUUGUAAAAUGUUGAACAUAAAUACACUCAACGGUUUUCCUUA